AUUCAAAGACAGAGCAAUCGUUGACCAUGUAUAAGGUGCAAUCAAAACAUUUUCUUAGUACAAUAAUGCAAGAGAUCUAAAAGCCGAUACAGGAAGUUAGAAGAGCGUGAUAUAUGUUAUAUAUUACAUUCACUCUCUGCAAUAAUCUCAAUAAUAGUUAGAAUUGUAAUUCAAUAUGUCGUCAUCUUCUUGUACAACAAAGUACGAUGUAUUCAUUAGCUUCAGAGGUGAGGACACCCGCGAAACCUUCACGGCCCAUCUGUCUAAAGCACUGGAAAACAAGACAAUCCGGGCAUACGUGGAUGAUCGUCUCCCGAGAGGAGAAGAAAUCUGGCCAACACUGGAGGAAGCAAUCGAGAGCUCGCUGAUGUCGAUCGUGAUUUUCUCAGAAAACUACGCGACCUCCAAGUGGUGCUUAGAAGAGCUCGUCAAGAUUAUUCAAUGGAGGGAAGAUCACGGUCAGGUUGUUAUACCAGUGUUCUACAGAACAGAGCCGUCACAUAUACGGUAUCAGAGAGGGAGUUUUGAGAAAGCCUUUGCUAAACACGAAAGAGAUUUCGCAGAGAGCGAAUCCAACAGAGAGAAGAUAAGAAAGUGGAGAAAGGCUCUCAAGAAAUCAGCUGAUAUUUGUGGAUGGCACUCCAAAAACUAUGCGUAAGUAUAUGAGAAAUAAUAAUUCUUAUAUUUUGUUUCAAGUCCACCAUCACUGCGGGACAACCGCCACCAGCUAUCCGCCGUUACUUUUGUCGUUCUAAAUUUUAAAUUUUAAAUAUUAAAUUUUAAAUUUUAAAUUAUAAAUUAAUCUUAAUU